GGGCUUCAGUCGUAGCUCGACACUCGGCGCGAGACGGUCGAGCAACUUUGCAGUGAGACCAUAUUACAUAAUCACGUCACGUACACACACGUUUACACACACACGUACACAAACAUUAAACACUGUGCAUACACAUACACACAUGUACACGACGUGACACGAACGCGAGUAAAUGAAAGUAUUCGCGUACACUCUCGUCCCGCCGUGAAAAUAGACACCAGUGCGUGCGUGCGUGUGGAGUGCAUCUGUGCCGCAGGAUCGUACACUCGUCGUCGCACAAGGUACGAUUACACGCCUGAAGGAGUUAACAGUGUACACAUAGCCGUCUCUUGCUAUCGGUCAGACGGAUGUGCGUGGACAUGAGUGUGUGUUAAAACGUGCAGGUAAUUGAAAGCACGGAUUUAUACGCGCGUCCGUGCUCUUAGGCGGAAACUUGGAGCUCCCGUCGACACUCGACUGACAUGUUUAAGUUAUAGAUGUGUGUGUGUGUGUUCCACAGCCGCUGGUCCAUCCUCGGGCCGACUGUCGAAAUCCCGAAAUCGGAGGAAAAAAACGUCUGUCGUGUCGGUGUGAAUGCGAGUGCUUGAGCCAGUGAUUGCGAACGGAGAUCGCGUAGUGUGGAGUUUCUGCAAGUUUAUGUUAUUUUUGUUUGACUACUUGCACGCUUGUGGUUAAUAUAUGUGCAUAUACGCGUGCUGUGGGAGCAUACGAGUGUAACACCAAGGCCAUUUUGGUUUCGGAUAACACCGUGGAAAUAUUUUGAGGACUUUCCUUGGUCUUGGAUAUAUCCCCCCUUUGGUCCAAGCCCGGGUAAGAACCUCCCGUCGUCAUCCUCAUCCUCAUCGUCACUUCCAUCAUUUUUUCCUUGAAGCGCAACGUGGAUUUUUAGUGUCUUGGUCCGAAAUAUUUGCGAGCAAGUGUCUGUGCGGUUUACUUGCGACCUCAGGAUACGGUGUUGCUUGUGUGCGAGGCCGGAUCGACUGGAUCCACGAGGAGUGAGCAGACGACGUGCAGAACCGCAUGGAGAGGUAGGCAGGAAGCUGCUUCUCUGGCGAGAUAUCGAGUAUCCUGUGGUAUCCCGACAAGGAGAGGCUGAUUCUAAGUGACGAAGGUGUAGCAGAAGAGCGAAGAAGAAGGGAAGCAGCAGGGCGAGAGAGGGGGCGUGAGAUCCUGAAGAGGAGAGUCUUCGAGAAUCGUGAGAUGAGAGUCUAGCGAUCGCCGUCGAGUUUCCAGCCCGACGGUCAUUCGGGUGUAGCAGAAGACGCACGGAUUGCCGGGGAGUCGGCAUCAACAUGGCCGCCGCUUGCUACGAAAAGGAAGUGGUGGUCGGUGCAACGCACGGACAUGGGCACCACGAGGUGACAUCCACUCCGGCGCCACCGGGCCAGACCGUACUACCCCCAGCUGCCACGGCGAUCGGCAGCGCUGCCGCCGCUGCUGCCACAACAACUACCUCCACCAGCAGCUCAGCCUACAAGGAGUACAAGGAGUACAAGGAGGUGACCACCUACAAGGACUACUCGCAACCGCUCCACGUCGACUGUAGCGUAGAGUAUGAGCUCCCGAGUCAGGCGAAGCCACCUCCGGGUGGUGGCGAGCCACUUCUUAUGAUACAUCCCUGUUACUAUCGACGAGCCGAGCGCGAGAGACGAAGUCCCUUCGUGAACAACCUUCCGCCACCCACUAGCACUCCGAUAUCCUUGAGUCGGAGCAGGACGAGCAGGAGGAACACCUCGACGGUCGCCACUUCCGGCACGAGCCUCACCACCUCGAGUCUCUCGACGGCAGCAGCGCAGAACACGGCAUCAUCCUAUCACGCCGCCCUGACCGCCGCCGCGACCCUCACGCAUCAACAUCAGCAGCAGCAGCAGCAGCAACAGCAACAGCAGCAGUCGGUGGCACCAUCCGCAUCCGCCCUGAUCUCUGCGGACGAGAAGGCCGUGAUAUCAGAUUUGCUGUCGAUGCCCAGUGGUGCGGUCUCUCUGCUCGACCUUAAGUCCCAGCAGCAACAGCGGCAAGGUCAAGAAACUUCGGGCGCCACUAGUCAGCACCGUCAGCCUGCCGUAGGCAUAGCUGCGGUCUCCUGCAGAGGAUGCCGUCCGCAGCCGCACCCCUACGCGAGGCUGCAGCCCUGGGCAAGUGCAGUACCCGCACCCCAACAGGCUCCAGCAGCCCCUACGAGAACGAGGGCUAAGGAACCGGCCGGAGCCCCGGAACACGCCAACAGUGCCAACACCAACAGUGCCACGUCCAGGAGGUGGGGCGCCAGCAAGCGCAGGCACCCUCAGCUCCAGAUGUCCUCCAGCAACCUCCAGCAACAGCACUCUCUAAUGAGUACACCCUCUGCGGCUAUCCUAACUCCAAAAAAUUCCUUAGAGUCCCUGACUACUGGUCAGAACGGGCACCACGGCCUCGAUCAGCCAGGAAUACUGCCGAGCAUCGGAAACAUGGCCACCUCGUAUUCCCAAGGUGCGAUGCCGCAUUCAGGAUAUGAGACUGGGCAGACGAUACCAAAUUCCCAAAGGACCAGUACCAAGGCUCAAUCUCUCCCGCGGUGCCAAUCCUACGCGAACACGCCUUCUACUAGCAGUGCAGCAACGAAAGGUCACAGGUUGCCUGUCAGCACCCACCCGAGUGACAACGAUGGGAGCCUCGCUUUAUCCUCGAGAACUCAUCAGCGUCAUCAAAGCCUAUCUACUGGUUUAGCCUUGCAGAAGAGUCAGCUAUCGCACUCGACGUCCCACCACAACCUCGCUGCCAAUCAAGUCCUCUCGCAGCUCUCCCACCCUCAGCAGUACCAAAGCAUGUCGGUCUCGAACACGGCAGAUCAGUGGCUCCUAGGUAGCUAUUUGCCAGCAUCGACAGCCAACUCGUCCGACUGGUGUCAUGGCGGCAAGGGGUGCACUUGCGUCACCUGCACGAGUAGGCAAAGUUACCCCCACAGCCAGGGACAAAGCGCCUGGUAUUAUCCCCAAGGGAGCGCAGCCCCAACGCCUAAUGAGCUUCACAGACUCUUUCAGCACGUGUAGCACAUGGUCUGCUAGACCUUCUAGAUCAUUCCUCGACUUACUGAUUUGCGACCUGACUGAUUGCCCAACUCGAUGCUCCGUGUCCUUGUACCCGUUUCUCUGCGUAAUUUCGUUCGAACCCUGGACCAUCUUUUUCAUCCAACGAGAUACGGUUCCUCGCGCACAUGCAAAACUACCAUCUGUCAAUUUGCAAAUUUUAUUGGCCAGUGGAAGAAGGUACACCUCUCCUACGGAUCUCGAAGAUAAUCGAUGAACCAGUCGAUGAGGAUCUCAGCAUCCACGGAUCAUUAGCUAAUUCAAACAUCAAAUCCUGCGUGAACUCAGACACAGUAACGUGGAGAAAAUGAAAAAUAAUGAAUUCUCCCUCGACGUCUACGUCAAAUCCCAAACAAUUUGUACUCGUUGAAUGUCUCGACUGGUAAACAAUUGAAUGUGUGCAACGUGCCUGCGUAGGUCCAACGAUCCUUCGCAAUCGAUGUUAUUUAUAAAUAAUCAAAGCACUGACUGUCUUUAGAUCGGUAACCCAAUCAUCCUUAUCGAUCCGUAUUUCCCCAAAAAGGAACAUUUUUUAGAACAAUACUAUACGUCUGAACCCGUGAAAUACGAUUUUUGUUGAGUGGUUGGAUUUACGAAAAAGGCAAGAAUUAAUAAUUGAUUACACACAAAAGUCCAUGUAGAUGAAUACGUGAAAAGCGAAAUUUAUUACAUGAAAUUGCCUAGAAAGAGUGAAUAAGGAAGAACGAAAAGAGCAUUAACGAGAAAGAGAGUAGAACUGGUAUCGAGAUGGAUGACUCCAUGAGAAAGGAUAAAGGAGACGGGAAAAGGAGGAAGGCAUAUGGAGGGUUAGACCUUCCCUAUUAACUUGGAUCGUGAUUGAUGUUCCGGAUGAGUCCUCGAAGUCAGGAUCUGCUGCUGACUUAGCCUUCUCUACUUAAAGCCACGUACACAGCCAUUAUGCGACUAUACAACUAAUAACGCUAGAACUCCUUGUAACGAUAAUAGUUUUCUGAAUAAACUAGAGGUAAAUCGGUGUAAGCGUUGAGACGUUGCGAUCGGUAUAAUGUUAUCACAUCAAAUGCUACCUAGCGAGUUUAUGUACAUGUAUAUAGAUCUAGCCAGUAUAUACGGAUAGCAUAGGUGUAAUCAGAGUUUACUGGAGGCAUAAUAUAACCAACAGAGAAGAGUUCCUCGAGGAUAGCAAACGGAUAUAGAAGAGGCUGACCCGGUGUGCCGUAAGCUUGCUCUUCUCCGGCGUAAGUCUGUGCUUUUUUUGACGCGAGUCGCAAAGUCGAGAGAAAGAUGGAGAGGGAGUGAGAAAGUCGGAGAACGUCCAAAGACAGAAUGCAUAUGGAUUGUAUAAAGCGACAGCAGCCUUUAGAAGGUAAAACUUAACGAAAGGGAAGCCAAGGUAAUCCCCGUCUUGGAAACGUGUCAUCCUGGGAGAAUCGAACCGUCCGCGUCGUGGAAACCUUUCUCGUCGUCUGCAGUCCCACAAUCCACGGUGAGAACCGUCACGCACAGAUAAGGUUAACGAGGUAAUCGAAUCGGCAAAGGCGUCCACGGCGAAGCGAAUCGAGUCCUGAACGAGUCCUGGACCGGUCGUGAUGAGUCUUCUUGUAGGAGUUCCCCGAGUUCUCGUGAUUUUCCUUCAACGGGCCAGCGCGCAGAUUGCUAUCAGAUCGUCGAACAAACUUUUCCCUCACCAAGACAGCCAUCCUGGGAUUUAUCAACGGAACCAAAAGAAUAUUUGGCCUUCGGCCCAUACUCCUUUGCUGCAGCAUCCCAUUGCAUCGCGACUCUUCUUACGUUGCAGAUAAAAAUUGAAAUGAUUUCACGUAACCAGCUGAACAACUGAUAAUGAGAAUGACAAGUGAAAUGCUCGCUCGUCCCGAUACCUCCUUGUUGCUCUUACGAUUUGACUGUUGCCCUGCGUUUGUUUUAACGAGGCAAAUCGAUUGCACGAUUGCUCGUGGGAGAACAAAUAAUGAGAAUAGGUGCGCGCAUGUAUGUGAGCGAGUGAGUUAGAGAAUAUGAGAGAGAGAGAGAGAGAGAGACUCGCGUGGCAGCGAAUCGCUUCGCUUUUCAUUUGGACGCUACCGCCGAGCCUCGUUAAUCCGCGCUAAAUUAAUCAAUUCCCACGCGUCCAUUCGGAGAUUAGUUCGAUCCGAUGAGCGUGUCCGAAUCGACGCCGGCGUCACGCGCGCGUUCACGUUAACGGCUCGAUUUUCCAGGAAAAGAAGGAGAAAUACGAAAAGGAAACUUGCCGAUUUAGCCUGCGAGAUUAUCUCCUUGACGGCACCAUUUGGUUAAAUUAUUUCCGAAAGGCCCCGUGCUCUUUCUCUCCCGAACCCCACCCCCGUACGAAUGUUGCGCCUCAUCUUCAUUCUCAAUAUAGUAGUCUGUGGCUCUAGCAAUAUUCUAGCAAUCAUAAGACAAUUGACGAAUUCCUACAAAGAGAUCAAGAGUCUAAGAGGAGGACACAGAGUGCAAAGUUAAUGAAGCGAGAUGGCAGAGUAAAACGAAUUACGCUUCGUCUCGUAAAACAGAUGCAAACGACAAUUAUUAAGCAUAGCAAGUAUAAGAGCAGCAGGACACAGGUGCGUGUUAGUCGCACAGGUGCGCUCUAUUGGCACUCGCACACACGACACACACGACACACACGGCCACACACGGCCACACACGGCCACACGUUGACAGACGCGGGGAGGGGGACGAAGAGAGAGGGCAGACACGCACCUCCUACUACCGUAAUGUAGGUAACAAAGUAACUGAAGCCUCGUAAGUCCUAACGAUUAGUCGGAUUCUACCAAAUAGUUGAGCUGUGCACGCGUCGCACUAUUUUCUAACGUGAAGAUGUGAUACGGAGCUAAUAAAAUGUGCGUGAGUGCGUGAGCGACCAUUCCAAGUUGGCAAUGUACGAAGGAAAAAGUGAGAAAUGCAAAAGAGUCUAAUAAGUAUAGAGAAUUUAGAGUAAUUGAAGUUGAAGGCAAUCGGUUGGCUUUCUGAUUCGAUAUUGUGAGCUCGUGAUUGGCGAAUCGCGCAAUGGAGAAACUUGAACGGAGGCAAAAUAACCAAAGAAGAGGGAAUGUGGGAUCGAGAAGUCGAAUGAAUCUGCUCUCGAUAACGGCCGCGCGCAACUUAUUAAUCGCUGACCAUGGCGAGAGGAAUAGAAUCCUGACCGAUCUCGCCGUCCCUGAUUGUCCUUGAUUGUCCCUGAUUGUCACUGAUUGUCAGUGAUUGUCAGUGAGAAUCCAGAAAACGAGGAUCACUAUCUCGUGCCGAUGCGUAUCGUCGGAAAUACAAAAGUGGCAGACGUUUCGAAUAACUGUAUAGCCUAAAGAGAAGCUGAGAUGUUGUAGAGAGGGGGAAGGGGGAGGGGGCCGUCGGGGAAGCUGUGAAAUAAAAAGGAAGGAGAAGAGAAAGAAAAGGGAAAAUAACAAUAUGUAUGUAUGGCUGCGGUAUAUGCGCGAUUGCUUUAAAAUUCAUAUCUAACGGAAUACAGUAAUAAAAUUUAGCGAAGUCAAGAGACUUUAUCACGGUUUAGCGGCGUGACUCUACUAUCCAGAAAAUGUGAAAUUUAUCAUGCCGAAUUAGAAAAUGAUGGAAAGAGAACAUUGGAAGCGAAUGAAAGAGAAAAGAUGUGUAAAUAGAUAAAGGCGUACUGAAAGGAAAAAAAAUAAAGAAAAAUAUUGAAAUAUAUAUUCAAAGAUUUUAGGCUGGAGGAACCCUUAUAUUCUAAUGAAAAAAAAGCUUUAAAACCCCCUGUGAGAUGCUGCGCGUGCGUGCGUGUGUCUGCGUUCCAAUCGACCGAAAGAUGAGAGCGGCAAAUACCAAAAUAUUUUUUAAAAACAAUGUAUUUUUGAAGGACUCGUACCUCAACGAGCGAGAAGCCUAGACGCCCAUAGACCUUCAUUACUUUUCGCUCCCCCUGGAGCCACUUUCCUUGGCUAACCUAACCUCAUGUGCUCCGACCUCACCUCUCCUGUCAUUCGCAUCACAUUGUUUCGUCUCAUUUGCACAUUCUUCGGACCCGCCUCGUGCCUUCGACUUAUUCUGAACAGCGUGGUGUAGUAAUGAACGGCCAAGAAACAAUAUCGAAUCGAUCAGGAUCGAGCGAACACGUGUCUCAUAUCAUUCCAUGUGAGUUAAUUGGAAUUUUCCAAGUCCCAUAUCAUUCCAUUGCAACGUAUCCCAAAGAAACUGUUAGCAAGCAUCGAAGCCAGCAAGACGAGGGCGCCAAAGAAAAUAAGAGAAAGACACUGAAGGAGAGCGGAAGCAGCAGCCCUUCCUCGAUUCGGAAUCCGAAUUUGGCACAGGUAACGCAAGUGACACAAAAGGCAGAGGGAAAAGGACAAUGCACGGAUACAAAACAAUACUACAGAAUGCAAGAAUCGAAAAUAAUUCCGAAGCCAAUGGGAACCGACAGCCCCACCGGGUAGCCAUAGACAUUGUAAACAGUUCUGUCAUGCAUGAGAGAGAAGCGUAGCUAGGUAAAUAAAUAAUAAAAUAUUAUAUGAAUUAUUAUAAUAGGUAUAUAUAUGAAAAAUAUAUGUAUAUAUAUACAAAUACUAUAUUAUAUAUAUAUAUAUAUAUAUAUAUAUAUAUAUAAUGAAUGUUUAACUAAUGCCAAAAAAAUGAAUGAUGUGAAAAUGUGAAGAUGUGAGCGCGAGGCGCGAACGCCAAAAUAAGUAAUAUUUAUGACGCUGACGAGGAUAACUUCUGAUGCGAGCGCGUGUGCGUGAUCGCACGGGUCUGUGUUUAUGCUUAUCGCGUCUCGCGAUUGUCUCUCGCCUAUACAGUGACAUCGGUUGAUCAUUAUACGCAUAUGUAUAUUGUUACACAUUAGAUCGUUAUUUCGCCAUCUACGUAAACGACCUAUUAUCGUUUCGUUGAUUCGUUUGAUGCCGAAUGUGGUUAUUUGUGAAAUCUACCAGGAGACAAUACCGCUACCACUAAUAUAAUCGAUUGAUGACUGCCGCUACCAGCGGCAUUGUUACCACCGACCUCUGCAUAAACAACAGCAUCAGUAAGUUAUAAAGAAUAAAGACUCAGUACCACCGACGACGAGGAACAUAGACUGGCCCGAUCGCGUGGCCAAAAGUAAAGAUUCCAUAUUAUUACACAA